CGCCCUCCGCCCUCCCGCUUGCCGUUAGGGAGGCUCUGCGCCUCAGCCGCUGACUCUAUUGCCGCUCCCGCCCCUUCUUUCGCGUCUCCGCCGCCGCCACCGCCGGGGGGAAUCCGGGGGUUGCUACCGGGCUGGCCCCGUGCCACAGUCGUCGCUUCAGCCUCCCCUCUACGGCCGCCUCAGGAAGAGGCUCGCCGUUCGUGGAGCCACUUGGGGCUUCCGUUCUCGCCCUCUUGCUGUCGCCGCCGGUCCUGGAGAAACGGCCGCGGCCAGGGGACGGGGCUUCGCGGUUCGAACGAUUAACUGCUGAAGUACUGAUCGAGUUCUGCGUUUCUUCAAUGAGGAACUACAGGUUGAUCUUCUGUCAUAAUCUCAAACAACCAUAAAUGACAAAAGAAUGCUUGCUCAGUGAGGGUAGCUGGUGCAGAAGCCAUUUUUUAAACUUAGGUGUUUAAGUACUCAGAGAAAAGACAGCUUUGAUUUCUGGCUGCAAAAAAGAUAUGAGGAAGAGCUCCUCCCCUUCCUUGAGUAACUGCAACUCCGUUCUUGCUAACAAAAUAUUUGGAAUUCCACUUGAUGAGCUGCAGCAGGGAGGACAUCCAGACAAUGAGGUUCCAUUCAUAGUCCGCCACGUUGUGGACUAUAUUGAGGAACAUGGCGGUCUGGAGCAGCAAGGGCUUUUUCAAGUCAAUGGAAAUGCUGAGACAGUGGAGUGGCUUCGGCAGAGAUACGACAGUGGAGAAGAGGUGGAUUUGGUUAAGGAAGCAGAUAUUCCUUCAGCUAUUAGUCUCCUUAGGUUUUUCCUUCAAGAACUUCCUGAACCUGUUAUUCCUGGCAGUUUGCAUAUUCACUUGAUGCACCUUUCUCAAGAUUAUAAUAAUGAAGAUGAAUUUGGAAGAAAGUUGAGGUUCCUCUUGCAACAGCUUCCACCUGUUAAUUACAGUUUGUUAAAGUUUCUGUGUAGAUUUUUAGCCAAUGUAGCAUCACAUCAUGAAGAAAUUUGGUCUGCAAAUUCUUUGGCUGAUGUCUUUGGUCCAGAUGUCUUCCACAUUUACACAGAUGUGGAAGAUAUGAAAGAACAAGAAAUAGUGAGCAGGAUAAUGGCAGGACUUUUGGAAAAUUACUAUGAAUUUUUCGAGAAUGAAGAGGAAGAUUUUUCAUCAAAUGAUUUGAGCUCAAUUACUGAACAGGUUAAUGACCUUUCAGAGGAAGAAGAUGAAAAGCUGGAACAUAUAGAAGAACUUCCAGAAGAAGGUGCAGAAAAAUCAAAUGACAUGCCAGAGGUUGUACAAUUAAGGAUGACUGAAAACAUCUUGGAAUCAAAUAGUGUUAUUGCAUCAACAAGUGCCCGUAUGUCUCCCACCAACAUCUUACCAGCCUCUGCAGAUGCUUUAGAAAGAACUAUUAGAGUGGCUGUGGAACAGCACCUUUUCGAUCUGCAGAGCAACAUAGAUCAUGAUCUUAAGAAUUUAGAGCAGCAAAGCAUGGUGUGUAAUAAUGAAGCAGGAAGUAUUAGUUGUGAUGAAGAAAGACCUAAUAAUCAGGUUGAUACUGCUGAUGGUAUUAUUAAUGCCAGUAAUAGCAACAAGGAGUGUUCAGAACCUGUGGCUGGCACUAAUUUAGACAGUGAAGUCAUACAACAAGAUUUUGUAUUUGAGGAUGAAGAAAAUAAUCAGUCUGCAGGUAUUCUGCUAGAGCCAUGCAGUGACCGGGGGGAUGGUGAAGACGGCUAUCCAGAGAGGAAAGAAUAUGUGGUAAUUGACAGUGAUGAAUUGUCACAUUUUGUUCUGGAAUCUAGUAGCAAGAUAUGUGACUUGAAUGCCAACACUGAAUCAGAAGUCCCAGGAGGUCAAAGUGUUGGUGUUCAAGGAGAAGCAGCAUGUAUCCAAAUUCCACAUUUAGAACUGAAGAAUGCUUCUGAUGGUGAUAAAUGGGAAGCGUCAUGCCCUAUCACUUUUCCCCUCAUUGAUUUCAAAACAAUGCAUCUGCAGAGAGAUGGGGAGGAGCCAUUUCCUGCAUUUAAGUCUUGGCAGGAAGACUCAGAGUCUGGAGAAGCUCAGCUGUCUCCACAAGCUGGAAGAAUGAACCAUCACCCUCUGGAAGGGGACUGUCCUCCAGUAUUAUCACAUCGCAGUUUAGAUUUUGGACAAAGCCAGCGUUUCCUACAUGAUCCAGAAACACUGAACUCCUCGUCUAAAGCACUUUCUUAUGCUAGGAUUCGAAGAUCAUCCUUUAGUACAAAAGAUGAAAAAAGAGAAGACAGAACACCUUAUCAGUUGGUCAAGAAACUUCAGAAAAGAAUCAGACAAUUUGAGGAGCAGUUUGAAAAGGAAAAAAAUAGCAAGCCCUCCUACAGUGAUAUUGCAGCCAACCCAAAGGUGUUAAAAUGGAUGACAGAGCUUACCAAACUGCGGAAGCAAAUCAAAGAUGCAAAACCCAAAAGCUCUGAUGGAGAGUUUGUAACACAGACCCGUCCACGGAGUAACACUCUUCCAAAAAGUUUUGGCUCUUCUCUAGACCAUGAAGGUGAAGCAAGUGAGGAGGAAUCUAGAGGCAUUCAGAAGGAGAAAAAACCAUCUAAGGAAGCAACCCUUGAAUUUAUUCUAAAAAAACUGAAGGAAAAACGUAUUGAAAGAUGUCUUCCAGAAGAUAUUAAGAAAAUGACAAAAGAUCAUUUGGUUGAAGAGAAAACUACUCUCCAGAAAAGUCUUCUUUACUAUGAAAGUCAACAUGGAAGGCCGGUGACAAGAGAAGAAAGGCACAUUGUUAAACCUCUCUAUGAUAGAUACAGGCUUGUAAAACAGAUGCUGACAAGAGCUAGCAUCACUCCUAUCCUUUCUUCAUUGGAAAACUCAGAAUCUGAUACUGAAGAAAAUAAAAAAUUGGCUCUGGAUCUCCGAUUGUCAAGUACUCGAGCAGCUUCUAUGCCUGAAUUAUUGGAACAACUUUGGAAAGCCAGAGCUGAAAAAAAGAAACUACGUAAAACAUUACGGGAAUUUGAGGAAGCGUUUUACCAACAAAAUGGAAGGAAUGCCCAGAAAGAGGAUCGUGUUCCAGUGCUUGAGGAAUACAAGGAGUAUAAGAAAAUUAAAGCCAAGCUCAGACUUCUUGAAGUGCUUAUCAGCAAACAGGAUUCUUCAAAAUCCAUAUAGAAUGUGCUCCUUGAAAAUUCACAUCAUAAAGUCAGUUGUAUUUCUUGACGCUAUCAUCAUGUGUACUUGACUGGUCUUUGAGUUCAUUUUGUCAGGCAAUCAGAGGAUUUCAUUUUGUAUGUGGUUGUGGAGCCACUAAGCAGGGAGGGAGGGUCAGCAGGCCCUCAGGAGUGUAGGUGGUGUGCCAUGCGACACCGUUGGCACACGUGCAGUCUCCUUCAUUCUGUGCUACCAACACGUCCUGUUAGCAAAAGACUAGAAUUUUAUCCUUUCAACUUCAAGAACUUUGGAAAUGCAAAGCUUUUUGUUACUACUUUUUUCUUUUCUUUUCUUUUCUUUUUUUUUUUUUUUACAUUACUGAAGAAAACUGAGAGGAAAAGCUUCAGACUGAACUCUUCGGUUGCCUUUUUCUUACAGAGUGACUGAAAGUAUAAAGGAAAAAUCUGUAGAAGUGCAUAUACGCAACUGUUCCGUUUUCCUACAAAACAAAAAUCAAACUCAGAUUGCAAAUUCUUCUGUGGAGCAACUUUCUGUUCAAUUCCCAAAGUGACACCUUCUCACAGGUAGAAUAUUAGCAAGAUUUAGCAGUUCAGUGGUCACACAGCUCUUGGAGGAAGAUAACAUUAGGUAGACCAAAAAUGACCUUGGUUAGCCUAUUAAAAACAUACUGCACACAUCACACACGGAACUGAAUCAUACCACAUGCUGCCUAUGGGGCUUACGUUUGUUCCUAAGUUACAAUUUUUCAGCUGAGGAUGUAUUUUUUCAGGAUCAGAUUCUGGGCUGUUUCCCCAAUUACCUCCAGAUAAUUUGAGCAAACAGCCAUGUCCAUAUGUAGAGAUGGUGCUCAGAUUUUUGUGUUGAAUCAAAUGGACCUAAAUUGGUAAUCAUUAUGUCUAAGUAAAUGAUUUCAUAACAAGGGCUAUACCACUGCAUUUUUACCUGAACUUCAGGGGGCUGUGUUUUUUUCUUUUCCUCUUUAAAAUCAACAAAAUCUACAAUGAAACACACUCUAAAAGAUACCACCUUUUGCUUAGUCACAUUCUGUUGAAGCACCAUUUGCAGUAUGUGUAGUGGUAAGCCCCUUGUCGUACACUCUUUACACUCUUAACAUCUUCUGUUCUUUGGCCUUGCAUGGCUUUUCUUCAGGUACUCUUGGUAUCCUGCUAAUCAUUUUUACCAAAGGGUGACUUCAUUUGUAUUAACAAUAAAACAGGCUUAAUCUAAGUGUUAAUUUCUCUUCCUGGUGCUUGGGUUGAUGAUGAGUGCCUCAUUCUGUGCUCAUGAUUUGCAUGCAACAACUCAUGCAUGGUUUUAAUUAGCUAAUAUUAAAAAAAUGUGUUUCAUACAAAAAAUGGAAUUUUGCAAUAUUAUUUAAUAAGGUGAGGGAAGCAUGAACCUCAAACUUCUGGCACUAUUACAUAGUAAGCACAUGAAGUAGCUUAAUAAUGUGUUUCUAGUACUUCACAUUUCACUUAUAUGUGCAAUGUCUUUUUGGGGAAAGGGGAGGCAAUCCAGUGGUAGUGAAUGUGUAUUGGAGGAAUUAAAAAAGCACUAAACCCAGCCUGCCUUGUGUAUUUCAUUUUGAUUCUAGGUUAUUCAUAGUGUUAUUCCUAAGUAAAAUUGAAAACCCCAGAAGAUACAUCACUUUGAUUUGCCUCCUUCGUGCGGUGUACAUUUAAUUGUUUUGGUCUCUAUAUAGUGUGACAUCUGAUUUUAUGUGUAUCGUUUGUUUUAUAUACCACAUGCACAAAUCUCCAUUUGCACUAUUUAAGUGUUUUAAAUAAUAUAUUCCUUCUUUAUAAUGGUAUAUCUAUUUGAGUAGCUAUUUUUAGAAGUCAUUGGCCUCCCUGGUUUCAGUUUAGAAUUAACAGCUACAUUAUGAUGUUGGUGGUUCAGUGUUAAUGUUUGGCUAUGAAUAGAGUAGGUAAAUGGGACAUGGCAGCACUUAUGCUAUGUGGAAUUAUUGUGUUAUAGUUGGGCAGUAGAUGGCAGAAGUAGGGAGUUUAUGGUAAAAAAAGUGUGUAUCUAUAUACCAGUAUUAUAUAGAUAUAUAUGUUCACUAAUUGCAUUACUGUGUCUAACACUUCACUGUACUGUGUCUUUUGUAAUAAAAGAACUUCCAUGUUCUAAGUAAUUAUAAAUUUAUGUUUUUGCAGUUGGUGUUUUAAAAAGUUAGACUUCACAUACUCCUUUUUCUGAUUUUAGCCUGAGUGAUUUGGCUGACCACAGGAAGGCCAGGAGAGGCUGAUGAGUCAGCAUUUAUUGUUACAAUGAAUUACCCUAUUAAGAAAACUUGAAUGCAUCUUUCUGAAAGAAUAAUCUGGCCUUACAAGGUAGUAAU